AAACGCGCUACUCCAACCAGCAUCCAACGUGUAGAUUUUUGUUUUUGUCUGUUGGCUUUGGAGUUAGAUUAUUAAGAUGCCUAUGAGGCUUGAUAUCAAAAGAAAACUACUAUCAAGAUCUGAUAGAGUGAAAUCAGUGGAUUUGCAUCCAACGGAACCCUGGAUAUGUGCUGCAUUAUACAAUGGAAACGUUCAUAUUUGGAGCAUUGAGGCUCAGCAGUUGAUAAAAACCCUAGAAGUCUGUGCUUCUCCCGUUCGCGCUGUAAAAUUCGUAGCGCGUAAAAACUGGAUUGUAACGGGCUCGGAUGAUAUGCAGCUAAGAGUUUUCAAUUACAAUACUCUUGAAAGAAUUCAACAGUUUGAGGCACAUUCAGACUAUAUACGAUCUAUAGCUGUACAUCCUACUCAACCGUUCAUUUUAACGUGCUCAGAUGAUAUGCUGAUACGUUUAUGGGACUGGGAAAAUAACUGGACAUGCGCUCAGGUGUUUGAAGGUCAUAAUCACUAUGUAAUGCAAUUAGUCUUCAAUCCGAAGGAUAAUAACACUUUUGCUAGUGCUUCUAUGGAUCAUACUGUAAAGGUAUGGAGUCUGGGCUCGGGUACUCCAAACUUCACUUUGGAAGGUCAUGAAAGAGGAGUCAAUUGUGUAGACUAUUAUACAUCAGGAGAUAAACCUUAUUUGGCUAGUGGAUCAGAUGAUCGAACUGUCAAAAUAUGGGAUUACCAAACCAAGGCAUGUGUUCAAACUCUUGAAGGUCAUGCUCAAAAUAUUAGCUCAGUUCUAUUCCAUCCUGAAUUGCCUAUCAUCCUAACAGGAUCUGAAGAUGGCACUGUACGAUUUUGGCAUGCAAACACUUAUCGUUUAGAAUCUACACUAAACUAUGGUUUAGAACGUGUUUGGACUAUGACAUGUCAAAGAGGGAAGCAAGUAGUAGGUAUUGGAUACGAUGAAGGUACAAUAGUGAUAUCUUUGGGUCGAGAUGAACCUGCUAUGUCUAUGGAUUCUUCUGGAAAGUUGGUUUGUGCGAGACACGCUGAACUAGUUCAAGCAAAUCUACGAUCUUUAAACUUCAGUGGAGAAGGUGGUGAUGCCAUUCAGGAUGGCGAACGUCUUCCUAUUACCUUCAAAGAUAUGGGUACAAGUGAAAUAUAUCCACAAACUAUUGAACAUAAUGCAAAUGGACGUUAUGUGGUUGUUUAUGGAGAUGGAGAGUAUAUAGUAUAUACAGCUAUGGCUUUGAGAAAUAAAACAUUUGGUCAAGCUUUAGAAUUUGUAUGGUGUCAGUCAGAUGCUGGAUUGUAUGCUGUACGUGAGAGCAAUGCUAUUGUCAAGAUUUUUAAACAAAUGAAAGAAAUACGUACAUUUAAACUUGAUUAUGGUGCUGAACAAAUAUUUGGUGGUCAUUUAUUGGGUGUACGUUCAUUGACUGGUUUAACAUUUUAUGAUUGGUCAACUGGUCGUUUAAUUCGACGAAUUGAUAAUAGUCCAAAGGGUGUUUAUUGGAAUGAAUCUGGUCAAUUAGUUGCUCUAUGCACAAAUGAUGCAUUUUUCAUACUGCGUUAUUCAGCUGAUGCUGUACCCGAUUUAGACUCACCGAUCAAUAAUCAUGAAGAUACAGAUGGAUAUGAAAAAGCUUUUCAACUUAUACCGAAUGGUGAGGUCACUGCUCAAGUUCGUAAUGGUCGCUGGUUUGGUGAUGCAUUUAUAUUCACAACACAUGCCAAUCGUUUAUGUUAUUAUGUUGGAGGUGAGGUGGUCACAUUAGCUUUGUUGGACCGUCCAAUGUAUCUUUUGGGCUAUUUGGCUAAAGAAAAUCGUUUGUUUUUAGGCGAUAGAGAUUUACAGAUUGUUAGCUACACUUUACUGUUAAGUGUUUUAGAAUAUGAAACAGCUGUAAUGCGCGGUGAUUUUAACACAGCUGAUGCUAUCCUACCUAGUAUAAGCAAAGAUCAGUAUACAAAGAUUGCACAAUUCUUAGAGAAACAAGGCUAUCAAAAACAAGCUAUGCGUGUAACAACCGAUAUGGAUCAUAAAUUUGAAUUGGCAUUACAAUUAGGCGAUUUUGAAUUAUGUCAACAGAUCGCUAUGGACGGUGAUCCAAAAACAAAUGAAGCUAAAUGGAAACAGUUGGCUGAAGCUGCUUGUAAAGUAUGCAAGUUUAAAUUUGCUGAAGAGUAUCUAUCACGCACAGACGAUUAUGCUAGUCUAAUGUUAUUGGCAACUAGUUCGGGGAAUAGAAAAUUAUUAGAAUGGAUUGGAAAAGAAGCUGCUAUAAAAUCGAAUGAUAAUAUCGCCUUUUUAGCUCGUUUUCUAAUAUCAGAUUUAGAAGGUUGUCUUGAAUUAUUAACCAGUGCAAAACGAUUCCCUGAAGCUGCAUUCUUUGCUCGCACCUAUUUACCAAGUUAUAUACCGGAAUUGGUUGAACAAUGGCGUGAUUGGUUGGAUAAGUCAAAUAAGGCUAGUGCAAAAAUUGCUAAUUCACUAGCUAAUCCCAAAGAUUAUCCGAAUUUAUUCCCUGACUUUGAGGUAUGUUUCUCAUUGCCAAAUGUGUUUUGUAGUUAUAUUUUCGUACAAAUGGUGACUAACGUGUUCCCUCAGUGGCCUGCCUAAUGGAUAACGCUUUGGCAUUUAAGGCUAUGGGUACGUGAUUCCAGUCUCAAGGGGAAUCAUACCGCUCACUAGGAUUCGACUACAUCCAGCUGAUAAGCGGGUCCCCGAAAAGAACGAAAUGCGUAUCCUGGGUUCCACAGCUAGUCACCAAGAUGAAUCUGUUUUGUAGUUACUUUAGUGUUAUAACGUAAUUCACUGAUUACAUCUAACGAUUAUCAGUAUAUUACUUGUAAUUUAUCAGUAGUACUUAAAAUGGUGGGUAGUUUAUAGUUGUAGCCUUAUUCCGCAUUUACAUUUUCAGGGAUUCGAUUUUUCUAGUUUUGUUUGUUUCAGCACCUUUUCUUCUUUUGAUUCUCUCUCUCUCUCUCCUCUUGUUGGUUUUAAAUAUAACUGUGUUACGGGAUUAGUUUUCGUACCAGGCUGUACGUGAUUGAAAUCAGUUGUUCUCACCCUGUCAUACUCCAAAAACGAUUGCCUACCUUAUUAUAAGAAUAGUGUUAUUGGUCCAUCAGUCCAAGAAAUUUUGACGUGGUAUGUGGAAUUACUCAUUUGUGUAAAUUACUGGUUAGAAAUCAGAUGAUGUGACGAUAUUUUUCAUCAAGUAGCGAAUCAUCACAGAGAUACAAGGGUGCUGCAGAGAUGUUCCGUCUCAGUUUGAGAUGCCUCAACACUAGACAGGAACCGAUCUUAUCCAGGUUCGCAAAUUGAUGCGCAAUUGUUUUUUCCAAGUUGUGCUUUACAUCAUAACUGGACUGCGCUGCAUAUCCUUAGGUGAUUUAAACUCUCCGUUUUCUAAGCCCAUAAAGUAAAUUUUAAUCUUUGUACAUAUUAUUAUUCUUCGACAUUUAUCAUUUGUCUGAAGGGUAUAAAGCGAGACAGACAAUUCGACUGAUUAAGUUGUGAACCUUCGUCGACUGAGAUGGCUUGAAUAUGUACUGCGCAUGCUGGAUGGCCAGAACAAGAUGUGGCACCAGUCGAUAAAGUCUCUUAUUGCUGGUCUGAGCCGUGUGGGGGAGAUGUAGACUACCUGGCUAGGAUACCCAAGUCGAUAGGAAUCAAUGGUUAGGUUUGGGGAGUCUCGGUGACAAAGCAGGAAGUCGGUCAUUGACGCAGAUGUAUUCACUCUUUGACAUUUUCUGGAGCUUUAGUAUUUCCACUAACCGUUAUCUUCAGAUUGUUUACUCUCUCACACAACUUCAUCUUGAAUGUCACUCUUCUUCUAUUCUCCUGUUCUCUGUAUAGUACUGUGAAAUGUUGAUUUUUGUCAGUCUACUUUCCCUAUAAGGACAGUGAACAGCAUUAACGUAUAACACAACUAGAGUAAAAUUUCAUUUUUAAAUUGACUUGUUUUAAAUAGAAAUACAAUUGUCUUUCCUAUUUGUAGGAGGCUUUAUCUAUUGAAAAAUGGUUGAAACACGAUAGACAAAUUCGUUCUCAAAUGCCUGCUUCCGCUUAUCCAUCUCAAGUCCUACCAAGUGAUCGAGAUCUGCAUGCAGAAAUGCAAAAUAUGUCAAUAUCUCCUGAACCAUUACUUGAAAUACCGCCUUCUGCUUCACCACUUAUUCCUUCAGUCACCAACAUAAACUUAUCGAACACUAUUGAGAAAGUGCAUACUAUCCCACUUGUCAGUCAGAUAUCACAGUCUAAAAGUAAUAAUGCUGUUAAUAACGAUGAGAAUGAAUCAGCAGACAGUGAACUCGAUUCAGUGAAGCUCAUUGGAGAUGAAGAGGAUGAGGAGGAAGAGGAGGAGGAAGAAGAAGAAGACGAUGAUGAUGAUGAGCAGGAGGAUCUCGAAGAAGAACAUGUUGAAUCAUGGUACGAUGAUGAUGAUGAUGAUGAUGACAAUGUAGACGACAAGGAGAAGAAAGAUAUUGGUUUUCAAGGUGAAAAGAAGAAAGAGAAAUUAGGGAAAUAAAGAAAGAAUUAAUUGACCAUGUGUAUUGUGAUCACUUUUGUUUUUCUCAUCAUCUUGCUACUUCCUUCCCUAUAUUACUUUGUUAGCCUAUUUUGUUUUUGUUUUUUGAAUUUUCUUUGGUGUUUACAAGGUGUGCUGGCGAUAUUGUUACUCAAUGAUUUUGGUACACAUACAUGUAUAUUUUCUAUGCCUGAAUUUAUUUCUUCUGGAAUUCGAUAGUUUGUAGUGGUAUGUAUAAAUUUGUUUGAUUCCCAACAGUAUGAAUCAUAACUGGGAAAAUCCUCAUCAAAACAUUAGAAAAUGAAAAAAAUAAGUGGUUCAGCGGAAGAGACUCUUUUCGGCGAAUUCAUUCACUCAGCUGUACAAUCGUAUUUGUCAUACACUUUUUGUUGUUAGUGGGAAUGUAUAAUUUAUGUGUGAAAGUAGUUAGUUAUUGCAUAGGCACUAAACAAGGUCCUGUCCACAAGGGAUCAAUGACGCUAUCCUACUUGGCUGUAAAGAGGUUACCAGUGGAUCUUUAAGAAAUGUGAUAAUGGAACACCUUGUAGACACUGGUCAUUCAAUUUCAAUAGCAACCUCUUUCAAAAUUGUUUACAUGGUGUUAAGUUAGUGAUCAUCCGCCUUCUUUGUAUUGCUGAACCUUUAGCGAUUCUGAUAGAAAAGCCGGAGGCUUGUUAAGCUCUUGCUCCUACUGUCCUCCUUCUUACUUCUAUUUCAUAUUGCUAAGCACUUCUUGUUUCGCAACCCAUCUUGAUUACAACUCGUUUAUAUUUUGUCAUGUUGCUCAAAUUUUUAUUCAAACUUCGUCAUCAUCUUGAAUAAUAAUCACUUAUAAGUUAUAUUUGGACAAAUAUCGGUGUGCUAGACCAAGUCCCUGACUGUUGGCUUGAACCGUGAGGUGAGAUGUAGACUGCCUGGUUGGGGUCCCUGAGAUGGCAUGAAUCAAGGGUUGAGAACUCUUAUUGAUAUGUCUGAAAAUCGGUUACAGUGGCGUAGAUGUAUUCACUCAUUGACAUCUGCGGCUUGAAUAUUUUCACUAACCGUUAUCUUCAGGUUAUUGAUUCUCUUACGCAACUUUGUGUACUAUGAUAUUACUCCUUUUCUAUCCACCUGUUCUUUGUGUAGUACUGUGGAAUGUUGCAACUUGAGCCGAUGCAGUUGUGUUCGCUCACUUUGUUAGUCGGUCAAUUUGAAAUAAAAAAGUCUAACGUUUCAUCUGGUCCGAGUUUUUGACAUUGGACUUUCUUAUUUCAAACACGCUAAGAUUUGCCCAAAUAUAACUUAUAUCUAAUGUCAACUUUUCACUUAGCGCCCAAUAUUUGGGAAACUAUCCAAUCAAAAUCUUGACUAGGAUUCAUUCAUUAUAAAUACCUAUCUUAUCAAUUCUGCA